AUGUCAGCAAGCGCACCACCCCCACUCCCGCCCCGUCUAUCCCAUCAUCACCAGCGACCCCAACAGCAGCCAGCACCCCACCAACACCCAGCAGCCGCCAUCCCGGAAGCAGACGAACCACCGCCGGCCUAUACACCCGCACCCGAAAACGACGCCUGCGUCCUCGAAGUCGGGCCCCGAUAUCCUUAUGGCCCCAGCCAAUCAUCAUCAUCCAUCCACAGUACACCCCGGCCGACUGAACUCCAGCAGAACCAUCAUCAUCCAUAUUCUCAACCCCAGCCCGACCAUCACCAGCCACCAAUCCAACCACCUCCAUCGUCAUACCACCAUUCCAGUACUGUCCAAGCACCCGCCGUCUCGAGCCCUUCAAACCCCACCCCUUUCCCCGGCCUCAGUGAACCAACAACCGUGCCGACCCCGGGAAGGCCCCUGUUGUAUGAGGACAGGAUAUUGGUGUAUCCUUACGUGAAUGGCACAGCCUACUUCUGUGCAAAAUGCUGUAAUACCGGAUACAAAGGAUUCGACCCCUACAGACCGUGUCGCAAAUGUUGGUUGAAGUAUGGCAAGCCUUGGCAAGUCGUCCGGCUCUCGCCUAUCACCAGCUCGUCCCCAUGGACCCCCCAGCGCCCAUUGCCGCCCACUCAAAUGGCGGUCAACCCACCUCCGCUCGUCGUCCGACCGGGCGACCCGCGCAUCGGCGGCCGGCUAUGCCUCAACUGUAACGGAUCCGGCCAGAAACUCGAAGAACUCACGCUCUUCAACGUAUUCCUGGGCGGCGGCGGCCAGGAGGUCUGUCCUAGCUGCAGAGGCACCGGGAGGAUCUUCCUCUGA